UAUAUGAAAACUUUCCACACCCCCAGCAACUCCAGCACCAUGGCCGGCUUCAUCCUCCUGGGCUUCCCCUGCCCCAGGGAGGGUCAGAUCCUCCUCUUUGUGCUCUUCUCUGCUGUCUACCUCCUCACCCUCAUGGGCAAUGCUUCCAUCAUCUGUGCUGUGCGCUGGGAUCAGAGACUACACACACCUAUGUACAUCCUGCUGGCCAACUUCUCCUUCCUGGAGAUCUGGUAUAUCACCUCCACUGUCCCCAACAUGUUGGCCAACUUCCUUUCUGACACCAAGGUCAUCUCCUUCUCUGGGUGCUUUCUCCAGUUCUAUCUCUUCUUUUCCUUGGGCUCCACAGAGUGCUUCUUCCUAGCAGUUAUGGCAUUUGAUCGUUACCUUGCCGUCUGCAGGCCCCUGUACUAUCCUACUCUAAUGACUGCACAUCUCUGCAACAUUCUUAUAUUCAGCUGCUGGAUGCUUGGUUUCCUGUGGUUCCUAGUCCCCAUUAUAAUCAUAUCCCAGAUGUCCUUCUGUGGGCCCAGGAUUAUUGACCACUUUCUGUGUGACCCAGGUCCUCUAUUAGCACUCAGCUGUACCAGAGACCGUGUAAUAGAACUGACUAGCUCCACUUUAAGUUCUCUACUAUUAUUUAUUCCCUUUGUCUUUAUCAUGGGUUCCUAUGCUCUGGUUCUCAGAGCUGUGCUAAGAGUUCCUUCACCAGCAGGGCGAAGAAAGGCCUUCUCUACCUGUGGGUCCCAUCUGGUUGUGGUUUCUCUCUUCUACGGCUCAGUGAUGGUUAUGUAUGUCAGCCCAACAUCUGAGCAUGAAGCUGGAAUGCAGAAGAUUGUGACUCUGUUUUAUUCAGUGGUUACUCCACUCAUUAAUCCUGUUAUAUAUAGUCUAAGAAACAAAGAUAUGAAACGUGCAAUGGAAAAAUUACUGGGAAAAUUAAAAUAA